GGGAGAUGAAAGGACUGGAGGAUCCUUAGGGACAGAAGACACAAGGCUAACUUCAGAACCAUUCUGAUUAUCUCGGAGAGGGUCCCCAGUCUCGCUCUCGUUCAAGAGAUGCACAAUGUUUCUCCAAGAGCAGCGCAAGAUCUGGUCCUUGACGUAAAAUUUCCUUGCAUUGUAGUGAGUGUCUAAUGUCACACACGUGACUACUCUACCACGGAACCAGGUGCCUGCCUCUCAACUCGUGGCGCUGCCACGUGGAUAGCUUGAGGCAUACUGGAUACGUGACCUCUAGCAGGCUACCAAGCCGAUAACGAGGGGUGGAGUUCCAUCGAGCUUCAGUCUCCUCCAAGGGUCGCUACAGUUCUGAGGUCGCCUUGGCAUACGCUGGGAGCCUCAUAUACACUCGAGAGCGGUGGUAAGAGUUACACCAGUGUUACACACCCACACACACACACACAUAAACACAUUUACACACACACAAACACAUUUAUAUUUAUUUUCUAUUAUGUAUAUGUAAAGGUGUUUAUUUUUGUAAUUUGUAUCUAUAUGCAUUUACUAACUUGGCUAAAGUUAUUAACUGAACCAGUCUUUUAAGUUAUUCAAUCCAGUUCAGAUUGCCACUCUGUUACUUACUUUUACUUACAAAUAAUCUUCAAUUUUGUAUUGUUACUUAAUUUAAGGGUUAACUUUAAGAUAUUAAAUAGCAGUUAAAAUGUCUCCUUUUCUCUUUUCUUUUAACCCUUCCAUUGUUAGUGUGAGCAACACCCCUUCAUGGUCCAUCCCCUAGAGUUCAGUGUAUGCUCACACGUAACAAUUGGGGGCCUGUCCGGGAUAUUACACAUGUUUACACAUACAUAUAACUACACUAGUUCCUUUCCUGCUCUCGAGUGUAUAUGAAGUUGUGCUUAUUUCUUUGUUGGUGAAUUUUUGCGUUUUUCCGCUUUAAAAGUACGCGAGGUACCGGCGUCUAGUCAUAAAAGCGUUAAAAACCUAACAAUUGAUUUCCUCAGUGUUGCUUUAGUGUCGGUUCGAUUCCCCCUAGUAGUGACCUUCACCCCGAACUCCGAGACUCCUUAAAACUUGGGAACUUGCGUUCCACUCUUUGCUUGAAAGCAGCGAAUACGGCAAGCCAUUACAAGUGCUUAAGUGUUAGUUCUAUGGUAGUCAUUUUGGGGCAGUGAUUAUCGCUACACUUCUUCGAUUCGUUGCCUCUUCAGAAGCACAGUUAAGGCGUUGCUAACCUUGACUCAACUAGACUCAAAAACGAGUCUCUGUCGAUGCACGCGGGUCAACUCAUUUCCCUCCGACUCGUGGUUUUGAACCUGUCGUUCACGCGGGUCCUUCCGACUCGUGGUGGCGAACCUAGGUCUUGGAUCAGGUUUCAGUGUAGGGUUCAGACACACUUGAUUUGGUUCAAUUGACCUCACGCUCAUUAAUCAUGUCGCAUGAGUUAAACUUGGACGCAUUUUGCAGUAAUCCUUCUGUGGCGGAGCUACAAACUGCCAAAGUGACAAAGGAUGAUUUAAAGUACAUAGCCCGACAGUUUGAUCUCUCAUAUCCGUCUGACAUUCGGAAGGAAGAACUCCGAACUCAAAUCCUAGUUCACCUUGGAGGUAAAGCCACUAGUGCUGCUUCACAGCACGACGCCAGUUUAAUGCUCGAACUCGAAAAGCUGAAACUAAUGGCAGCAAGAGAAGAGAGAGAGGCAGCAAGAGAAAGAGAAAGAGAAGAGAGAGAACUAAGGCGAGAAGAACUAGCUUUUGAAAAAGAAAAAGCGGAAAGAGAUCUGGCAUAUGUAAAAGAAAAGGAGGAAAAAGAAAGAGAGGAGAAAGAAAAAGAAAGAGAGGAGAGAGAAAAAGAAAGAAUCCACGAGACCCAACUCACACAAUUAAAAUCUCGAUCAACCACCACAGCUGACCUCAAACAAAAGUUAACUAAAUAUCUCUCACUACUCCCUCAGUUCUCUGACAAAGACCCCGAAACUUUCUUUGGACAGUUCGAGGACACAGCAGUACAUUUUGAACUGCCCCGAGAAGACUGGCCUUGGCUUCUUAAACCCAAACUCAGCCAAAAGGCUUUAACUAUUUUGAACGGCCUCGAAAACAACACGGAUUACGACUGUGUCAAACAGGGCAUCCAAGCGGCGUACUCCAUUACCACAGAAGGAUACCGUCAGUCUUUUCGAAAAAUGUUCAAAACUCCGCAACAAACCUAUCUAGAGUUUGCCUCAGAGAAACCGAGGGCUCUCAAGCGUUGGCUUAAGUCAGCCGCGAUAACCACGUACGACGAAUUAGUAAAUCUCUUAGCCUUAGAAGAGUUCAUGCGUAAGCUCCCUUACUCAGUAAUGUUACACAUCACCAACAAAGAAGAAACAGAUCUUCUCAAAGCCGCUCAGUUAGCGGACCUUUUCUCCCUGGUGAAUCGCAAGGCAACCUCAGACAAGCUGACCGAGACUCCUAGUGGAUGGAGUUCUCAUGAGUGUUCCGGCCCUCUAAGGUCCCAGAAUGUGCUCAGCCGUCUGCAGGAAGCGAACCUCACCGUGAAGCUGGCGAAGUCUACGUUCGGAGCUGCCACCGUCUCCUACCUAGGACAUCAGAUUGGACAAGGCUCCGUCCGGCCCAAGACCGCUAACGUCGACGCAGUACUGAAGUACCCAACUCCCACUACUCGACGCGAGCUCCGCCGCUUCCUGGGCAUGGCGGGGUUCUACCGGCGUUUCUGUCCAAACUUCGCAGACGCAGCUGGGCCACUUACUAGACUAACUUGUGGGAAUGUGGCGUACGAAUGGACCCCUGCCUGCCAACAUGCCUUCAAUCAACUUAAGAACUUGCUUGCUCGGGAACCGGUUUUGCGUGCGGCCGACUUCAGUAAACCCUUCAUCAUACAUACUGACGCCAGUGAUCACGCUUCGGGUGCCGCCCUCCUGCAAGAAUCUGACGGAAUCUUUCACCCAGUCGCCUACCACUCCGAGAAGUUCAACAUCCAUCAGAAGAAUUACAGCACUAUCGAGAAAGAACUUUUAGCCAUUAUCUCUGCCAUCAAGAAGUUUGAGUACUAUCUUCAGUCCAACACCCAGCCACUCCAAAUCUACACUGACCACAACAACCAACCCUUUGACUUUUCUCAACAGGAACCGCUUCACUAACCAACGUCUGCUACGGUGGUCUCUACAGCUCCAGCCUUACCUCAUUGAAAUGCACCAUAUUAAGGGACUGGACAACUGCCUUGCUGACACUUUGUCUCGCCUUCCCACUACGCCUCGCAUCACUACCCGUCGCGACCCUGAGGACCCUAGGAUCCUGUUGCCGGGGAUGCAGUCGUGCCUUGUGAACCGGUCGAUGGAGGCAGCCGAGGGCCGAGCACUGCCAGAAGAACCAUCUACCGACGUUCUGGUGGAAUCAACCUUCACGGGACAGGAACCACCUCACUUCUCUAAUGACGCAGAGUCAUUCCUUCUGCGUCAUCCUAAGAAGGGGGGAAUGUCACACACGUGACUACUCUACCACGGAACCAGGUGCCUGCCUCUCAACUCGUGGCGCUGCCACGUGUAUAGCUUGAGGCAUACUGGAUACGUGACCUCUAGCAGGCUACCAAGCCGAUAACGAGGGGUGGAGUUCCAUCGAGCUUCAGUCUCCUCCAAGGGUCGCUACAGCUCUGAGGUCGCCUUGGCAUACGCUGGGAGCCUCGUAUACACUCGAGAGCGGUGGUAAGAGUUACACCAGUGUUAAACAAACACACACACACACACACAUAAACACACACAUAAACACACACACACAAACACAUUUAUAUUUAUUUUCUAUUAUGUAUAUGUAACAUUUAUAUUUAUUUUCUAUUAUGUAUAUGUAAAGGUGUUUAUUUUUGUAAUUUGUAUCUAUAUGCAUUUACUAACUUGGCUUAAGUUAUUAACUGAACCAGUCUUUUAAGUUAUUCAGUCCAGUUUUUAGCCUGCCACUCCUUGUUACUUACUUUUACUUGCUUAAAUAAUCUUCAAUUUUGUAUUGUUACUUAAUUUAAGGGUUAACUUUAAGAUAUUUAAUAGCAGUUAAAAUGUCUCCUUUUCUUUUAACCCUUCCAUUGUUAGUGUGAGCAACACCCCUUCAUGGUCCAUCCCCUAGAGUUCAGUGUAUGCUCACACGUAACAGAUUUCUCUCUUACUUGAAUCACGGUUGGUAAAAUAAAGUGAGGAUGUUGUGAAAGAACAAGAAAAGAAUGUUCCCUCGUGCAAUUGUAGGGCGUGUGGAGGCACCUGGCAGCUCCCCUACUCCCCUUCCUUUAGUCUCCACCUCACGUAGUCACUGCUGCAGACGAUGGGAGACGGCAGAGUUCAUGCUUACAAACCACAAUGUAGUUUUAUAAACAUGCUUUCAAUAUGAACCGUACUGUUUUCAGUAAAGUAAAGGAGCAAAUGAUAGUAUACUAAAUAAUAGUACGUGUUCACUAACAAACUUAGGUACCUUAUUCCCAUCACAUACACACACAC